UAGUUUGUUUUCUACGUGCUUGUCCAUCAGAUACAUCAGAAGAGCGCUGCUCCUCCGAGCCAUCAGCGAUCCAAACACAACUCCACAACAUUACAUCAGCAGCAUGUCUGCAAACAAGCGCAGCCUGAAGCGCCAGAGAGAGACCGCGAGCGCCGGGAGAGAGUCCGGUGGGAAACAGCCGAAGCCCGCAGGAGAGAGAGGGAGAGAGUCCGGCUGGCUGCUGGAGGAAGUGUCUGAGCUCCGCAGAGCCGCGCAGGGGUGCGAGUUCAACAAAAAGCGCCUCCGCUACCUAUCAAGCACCCAGAAAAUCAAACAGGGCUCCGAUGGGGUCCUCUACUGGAUGUCUCGCGACCAAAGAGUCCAAGAUAACUGGGCACUGAUCUAUGCUCAGCAGCUGGCCUUGGCUGAGAAACUUCCUCUGCACAUCUGCUUCUGCUUGGUACCUCGAUUUUUGGAUGCAGCUUACAGACAGUACGCCUUUAUGCUAAAAGGACUGCAAGAAGUGGCAAAGGAAUGCAAAAGCCUGGAUAUUCAGUUCCAUCUGCUGUCAGGGGAACCUGGGCAAAAUCUGCCAACCUUUGUUAAAAACUGUAACUUUGGAGCCGUUGUCACUGACUUUAACCCUCUCAGGAUCCCCCUCCAGUGGAUUGAGACUGUUAAGAAACACCUUCCGUCCGACAUCGCUUUCAUUCAGGUCGAUGCACAUAAUGUGGUGCCGUGCUGGGAAGCAUCUGAGAAGCUGGAAUAUGGAGCCAGGACAAUACGGGGCAAAAUCACUAAACUUCUCCCAGAAUUCCUCACUGAGAUUCCGCUUGUGGACACGCAUCCACACGCCGCUUCUCAAACAGCAAAGCCGACAGACUGGGAGGAGGUGCUGUCGUCUCUUGAGGUGGACCGUGGUGUUGGCGAGGUGGACUGGGCUCAGCCUGGCACCUCUGCUGGCAUGGCCAUGCUGGAGUCCUUCAUUGAUCAACGCCUGCGUUUCUUUGCCACCCACAGGAACAAUCCCAACUGUGACGCCCUCAGCCAUCUCUCCCCCUGGCUCCACACCGGUCAGCUGUCUGCUCAGCGUAUCGUGAGGCAGGUCAAGCGAGAAAAGAACGCCAGCGAGUCCGUGGCGUCUUUUACCGAGGAACUGGUGGUGCGCAGGGAGCUCGCCGACAACUUCUGCUUCUACAACCACAACUACGAUGAUAUUUCAGGUGCGUACGAUUGGGCGAAGAAGACUUUGCAGGAGCACUCUAAGGACAGCAGACAGUACCUUUACACAAAACAGCAGCUGGAGAACGGCAAGACCCACGAUCAGCUGUGGAACGCCGCUCAGCGUCAGCUGGUGUCAGAAGGGAAGAUGCAUGGGUUCCUGCGCAUGUACUGGGCAAAGAAGAUCCUGGAAUGGACUGCGUCCCCUGAAGAAGCCCUCUCUAUCGCUAUAUAUCUGAAUGACCGUUUAUCUUUGGACGGCUGCGAUCCCAAUGGAUACGUGGGAUGCAUGUGGUCCAUCUGUGGCAUCCAUGACCAGGGCUGGGCAGAGAGGCCCAUCUUUGGGAAAAUUCGCUUUAUGAAUUAUGCUGGCUGCAAGAGGAAGUUUGAUGUGGCGCAGUUCGAGAGGAAGUACGCUGCUAUAAAGGAGAUCUCCAAAAAAGACACCAAGACAUCCGUGUAAUUUAAUUCUAGUCAAAAUUCUGCUUUAAAGUUCAGUUUUGUACUUUCUGGCAGACAUUUU